AUGGCCGAAGUGCGAGAGCGAUAUUGGAAACUGCGUCGACUAGUGAAGCAAGUGAAGUCCAAAUGCUAUGGUUGCGUAAAGUUUCGAGCACAGUCAUUCCAAAACCCACCGGAAGGAAGAUUGCCAACUACAAGAACCCAAGGGUCAACUCCAUUUCAAGUGCUAGGAGUCGAUUUUGCUGGCCCUCUUCGAUACAUGGGGAAAGGAAAAAUGGAAAGAAAGACAUACCUUGUUCUUUACGCGUGCAGUCUAACCCGAGCAGUGCACAUGGAGUUGUUGAUAUCACUGAAAGUUGCAGAGUUCGUCCCGAGCCUGAAGAGAUUAAUUGCAAAAAGAGGAAGACCGGAAAUAAUAUAUUCGGACAACGCUACUACAUUUAAGGCUGCAGAAAAGUGGCUUAGAUUAGCCCAGAAAGAUGAAAAGCUCAACUUGUUUCUUACGAAACGAAAGAUAGAAUGGAGGUUUAACUUAAGUCGAGCUCCUUGCUACGUAGAGGACGAAAUUGAGCAACCAGUGCUCACUCCCAACAAGCUGCUGCACAUAAACCCAAAUGAUCUUCCUGAAGUCAAACCUCAUCAACAAGAAUCGACCGAUCUACGGAAAAGAGCUAAACAGCUGAGGAAAUACAAAGAUCAGAUGUGGCGACGAUGGACACGAGAGUACAUCAGAGGAUUGAGAGAGCGCCACAAACAAAGGAAUGGUGGAAAGCAAUCAGAUUAUCCAAACCAUGGGGAUGUGGUAACAAUUGAAAGUGAAGAAAAGAACCGGAAUAUGUGGAAGGUAGAUCCCAAAGGCGAAUUGAAUCCUGCAGCUCCUGAAUUCCAACCGAAACCACGACGUGAUGCAGCAGUUGCUGCAGAAGUAAGAAUGCAACAACAUGUGGAAACUGAAGAGUGGUGA